CCCAAUAGCGAUGUGACCGGCUCCGCGUCCGUGUUUCCGCUGAGACGCGGCGCUCUGCCCGCGUCGACAUGAGCGACCCGCGGCCGCCACAGGAAGAGAAGCACAAGCUCGGCAGGGCCCCUUCCAAGUUCAAGGACCCGCCCAGAGCCAUGCAGUCCGACGAUUACUUUGCCCGGAAAUUUAAAGCCAUCAACGGGAGCCUGGGACCCGCCGCUCCCUUAAGUGUCUCCAACGCCAGCGAGAGUGGGGGCCCGGCCAACGGCACCCCCGCGGUGCCCAAGAUGGGCGUGAGGGCCAGGGUGUCGGAGUGGCCUCCGAAGAAGGACUGCCCCAAGGAGCUGGCCUGCAAGGCGCUGUGGGGCGGCCAGCCCCAGAGCAGCUACGACGGCGUCGCCUCCAUCGUGCACAACGGGCAGAACGGCCAGGGCGACGGGCACCCCGAGGACCAGCUCGAUCUGGACUUUGCCGAGGCCAAGUACCCCGUCGGGGACAUCUUCGUCCACUCUCCCCAGAGGGGACUUCACCCCAUCAGGCAGAGGAGCAACAGCGACGUCACCAUCAGCGACAUCGACGCCGAGGACGUCUUAGACCAGCACGCGGUGAACCCCAACACGGGCGCGGCGCUGCACCGGGAGUACGGGAGCACCUCCUCCAUCGACCGGCAGGGCCUGUCCGGGGAGAGCUUCUUCGCGAUGCUCAGAGGGUACCGGGUGGAGAAUUACGACCACAAGGCCGCGGCCCCCUUCGGCUUCCCCGAGUUCUUCUCCUGCGACCCGGCCGUGUCGCCCAGCCUCCACGCCGCCGCGCAGAUCUCCCGCGGAGAGUUCGUCCGCAUCUCAGGAUUCGACUACGUGGACGGCGCCUUCCUCAGGGGCAGGGACAGGGACAAGCCUUUCAAGCGGAGGCUGAAGUCGGAGUCGGUGGAGACGUCCCUCUUCCGAAAGCUGCGGACGGUGCGAAGCGAACACGAGACGUUCAAGUUCACGUCGGACCUGGACGACGGCCGUCCGGCGCGGGGCGUCCGUCCCUGGAACUGCCAGCGCUGCUUUGCGCACUAUGACGUCCAGAGCAUCUUGUUUAACAUCAACGAAGCCGUGGCCACGCGGGCGAACGUGGGGAAAAGGAAGAACAUGACCACCGGGGCCUCCGCGGCCUCCCAGACGCAGGCGCCCGCGGGCCCGGCGGGCACCUGUGAGUCCCCGCUGGGGAGCAAGGAGGACCUCAACUCCAAAGAGAACCUGGACGCCGACGAGGGCGACGGCAAGAGCAACGACCUCGUCCUGAGCUGCCCUCACUUCAGGAACGAGACGGGCGGGGAGGGGGACCGCAGGAUCGCGCUGUCCAGGGCCAGCUCGUCCUCGCUCGGCUCCGCGGAGAACUGCUCCUUCGAGUCCUCCCUCAGCUCGCACUGCACGAACGCGGGCGUGUCGGUGCUGGAGGUGCCCCGGGAGAACCAGCCCAUCCACAGGGAGAAGGUCAAGCGCUACAUCAUCGAGCACAUUGACCUCGGGGCCUACUACUACCGCAAGUUCUUCUACGGGAAAGAGCACCAGAACUACUUCGGGAUCGACGAGCACCUCGGCCCCGUGGCCGUCAGCAUCCGGAGGGAGAAGGUGGAGGACGCCAAGGAGAAGGAGGGGUCGCAGUUCAACUACCGGGUGGCGUUCCGGACGAGCGAGCUGACAACGCUGAGAGGAGCGAUUUUGGAAGACGCGGUCCCCUCCACGGCCCGGCACGGCACGGCGCGGGGCCUGCCCCUCAAGGAGGUGCUGGAGUACGUCAUCCCCGAGCUGAACAUCCAGUGCCUGCGGCAGGCCGCCAGCUCCCCCCGGGUCCCCGAGCAGCUGCUCAAGCUCGACGAGCAGGGGCUGAGCUUCCAGCACAAGAUCGGGAUCCUGUACUGCAGGGCCGGCCAGGGCACGGAGGAGGAGAUGUACAACAACGAGACGGCCGGGCCGGCCUUCGAGGAAUUCCUCGACCUCCUGGGCCAGCGCGUGCGGCUCAAAGGCUUCAGCAAAUACCGGGCUCAGCUCGACAACAAAACCGACUCCACGGGGACGCACUCCCUCUACACCACGUACAAAGACUACGAGCUCAUGUUCCACGUGUCCACCAUGCUGCCGCACAUGCCCAAGAACAGACAGCAGCUCCUGAGGAAAAGGCACAUAGGAAAUGACAUCGUGACCAUUGUCUUCCAAGAGCCCGGAGCACUGCCUUUCACUCCCAAGAGCAUCCGGUCCCACUUUCAACACGUCUUCGUCAUCGUCAGGGCGCACAGCCCGUGCACCGAGAAUGUGUGCUACAGCGUUGGAGUUUCUAGAUCCAAAGACGUGCCCCCGUUCGGCCCACCCAUCCCCAAAGGCGUCACCUUCCCCAAGUCAGCCGUGUUCCGGGACUUCCUUUUAGCCAAAGUGAUCAACGCGGAGAACGCGGCCCACAAAUCGGAGAAGUUCCGAGCCAUGGCCACCCGGACGCGGCAGGAGUACCUGAAGGACCUGGCGGAGAACUUCGUCACCACGGCCACCGUGGACACCUCCGCCAAGUUCAGCUUCAUCACGCUGGGGGCCAAGAAGAAGGAGAAGGUGAAGCCGCGGAAGGACGCCCACCUGUUCAGCGUGGGGGCCAUCAUGUGGCACGUGGUGGCCCGGGACUUCGGCCAGGCCGCCGACAUCGAGUGUCUGCUGGGCAUUUCCAACGAGUUCAUCAUGCUGAUCGAGAAGGAGUCCAAGAACGUGGUGUUCAACUGCUCCUGCAGGGACGUCAUCGGCUGGACCUCGGGGCUCACGAGCAUCAAAGUGUUCUACGAGAGGGGCGAGUGCAUCCUUCUGUCCUCGGUGGAUAGCUGUCCCGAGGACAUCCGGGAAAUGGUCCAGCGCCUGGGGAUAGUGACCAGAGGCUGCGAGACCGUGGAAAUGACCCUGAGGAGGAACGGGCUGGGCCAGCUCGGCUUCCACGUGAACUUCGAAGGCAUCGUGGCCGACGUGGAGCCUUUUGGCUUUGCCUGGAAGGCGGGCCUCCGCCAGGGCAGCCGCCUCGUGGAGAUCUGCAAGGUGGCCGUGGCCACGCUGACCCACGAGCAGAUGAUCGACCUGCUGCGCACGUCCGUGACCGUGAAGGUGGUCAUCAUCCAGCCCCACGGCGAUGGCUCGCCCCGGAGGGGCUGCUCGGAGCUCUGCCGCAUCCCCAUGGUGGAGUACAAGCUGGACAGCGAGGGCACCCCCUGCGAGUACAAGACCCCCUUCCGGAGGAACACCACGUGGCACCGGGUGCCCACCCCGGCCCUGCAGCCCCUGCCCCGAGCCUCGCCCGCCCCCGGCACGCCCGACCGGCUGCCGUGCCAGCAGCUGCUCCCGCAGGCGCAGGCCGCCAUCCCGCGCAGCACCUCCUUCGACCGCAAGCUGCCCGACGGCACCAGAAGUUCGCCCAGCAACCAGUCAUCCUCCAGCGACCCCGGACCCGGCGGGAGUGGGCCCUGGAGACCGCAAGUGGGCUACGACGGGUGCCAGUCCCCCCUGCUGCUCGAGCACCAGGGCCCGGGCCCUUUGGAGUGUGAAGGAGCCAGGGACCGGGAGGACGCCAUGGACGGAGGCAGGCACCCAGAAACCAAAUGGCACGGCCCAGCCUCCAAAGUCCUGGGCUCCUACAAGGACCGAGGCCUGCAGAAGGACGGGAGCUGCAAGGAGUCUCCCAACAAGCUGUCCCACAUGGCGGACAAGGGCUGCCCCAGCCCCUCGAGCAGCGCCACGCUGUCCAGCAGCGCCUCCAGCACCAGCGACGACAAGCACUUUGGCUCCGGGGACCUGGACCCCGAGCUGCUGGGCCUGACCUACCUGAAGGGGGCGUCCACCGACAGCGGCAUCGACACGGCGCCCUGCCUGCCCCCCGCGGGCCUGGGCCCCGGGCACCUGCCGGGCAGCAGGUCCAUGAUCCACAGCCGGGCCGAGCCUUGGGCGGGCUCCGGAGACAUCUCGGGGCCCGAGGACGAGCAGGCGAAGCUGUACGCGGUCCACGGCUACGCGCCCGCCCCCACCGGCGGCGCCGCUGACGGCAGCAUGGGCGACCUCAGCGAGAUCUCCUCUCACUCCAGCGGCUCACACCACUCGGGCAGCCCUUCCGCUCACUGUUCCAAAAGCACCGGGUCUCUGGACACGUCCAAAGUCUACAUCGUGGCUCACAGCGGCGGCCCGCCGGUGCCCGGGUCCAUGUCCAAGGCCUACCACCGCCAGGGCGCAGUGAGCAAGUACGUCAUCGGCUGGAAGAAGUCGGAAGGCAGCCCCCCACCCGAGGAGCCCGAGGUGUCUGAGUGUCCAGGGCUGUUCGCCGAGAUGGAGCUCAUGUCCCCCGCAGCUCAGCAUCCGACGGCGGCGGCGGGAGAAGGCGGCUCGGAGACUCAGCACGUUCUGUCGAAGGAGGACUUUGUGAAGCUGAUGCUCCCCGACAGCCCCUUCGCGGAGGAGGGGAGGAGGAAGUUUUCCUUCUACGGGAACCUGUCCCCGCGCCGGUCGCUGUACCGCACCCUCUCGGACGAGAGCAUGUGCGGCCACCGCAGGGGCGCCUCCCUCGCCAGCUCCCGCAGCUCCGCCCUGGACCACGCGCUGCCCAGCGACAUCCUGUUCAGCAGCACCCCGCCCCAGCGCAGCACCCUGCCGCCCCGCACGCAGCCCGCGCCCGGCCUGGGCGGCCUGCGCAACGAGUUCUGGUUCUCCGACGGGUCCCUGUCGGAUAAGUCCAAGUGCGCAGACCCCGGCCUGAUGCCCCUCCCGGACGCGGGCACGGGCCUGGACUGGUCCCACCUCGUGGACGCUGCUCGGGCGUUUGAAGGCCUGGACGCGGACGAGGAGCUCGCGCUGCUCUAUCACCACGCGCCCUACCUAGACCAGAGGGUGGCCGCCUUCUGCACCCUGACCGACAUGCAGCGCGCGCAGGGCCUGGAGGGCGCCCCGGAGCUGCCUCUGUGCGUGGAGCCCGGCGGCCAAGAGUUCCUGGACGCCACGGGGGAGCCGUCCCCGGCCACGCUGACGGGCAAGGUGAACCAGCUGGAGCUGGUCCUGCGGCAGCUGCAGACCGACCUCCGCAAGGAGAAGCAGGACAAGGCGGUCCUGCAGGCCGAGGUGCGGCACCUGCGCCAGGACAACCGGCGGCUGCAGGAGGAGUCGCAGACGGCCGCCGCCCAGCUGCGCAAGUUCACCGAGUGGUUCUUCAGCACCAUCGACAAGAAGUCCUAGCCGGUCGCCCCCCGAGGGGCCGCGGGACAUGCCUGGGGCCCGGGAUGUCGCAGGCAGACACGGGGGCUUAGCCGUGCCUCCAGCCGGUGCUGCCGUCCCCGCCGUCCCCGCGCCCCAGCAGGAGGGCCCAUGCUCUCUCCGCGGCCGUCGCGAGCGGGAAAGCGGGUGUGAAGAUGAAUGUACUCCGUGUCGAGAUGAAUGUAACCCCGGUGUCAGCUUAGACUUCCCCUGUAGACGCUACCACGUGGUCUGUGUAUAUAGUUGUGUCCCUGGGCGCCAGGGGACCCGCUAGAGGUGUUCACGCACUCCCGUAGUCCGGGCCGUAGACGGUCAGGGAAACCCGGAGCAGAUAAUCAGACGUAUACUCUAUGGAAAGGCGGUCUAUUUUUUUGGAUGUACAGUAGUUCUCUCUGCACAGCCGCUCUCACAGCAAUAAGACAGGCGUGGCCGGGCGUGGGGAGGCCGCGUCGAGUGUGCUCGAUGGCUCAGCGCUCGCUCGGACGCCGUGACGGAGGCUAAUUUAUCUGCAGGAGCAAACGGUGCCUGGAUCUUGACCUUGACCGUGCUCUGAUGCUUUUUAAAAAGAGGCGGCCGCCGUGUAAACGGCUCGCUCAGUAGUCACCCGACCUUAGCUCAGGCGCGAGUAGCGGACGCUGUCAGCGAGGGCCGCCGGCUCACGGGCCAGAACCUCCCGCGCGCUGGGCCGGCGGCGGCCACGCGGGCAAGGCCAGCUCGUCUUUGUACAGAGGCUUCGAUGAAGUGUCCUGUAUUUAACACCCUUAUUUAAGCUUAUUUAACCCGAAAUGGUUCAUUUUAUGGACACGGUGUGGCCCGCGCCCUGGGAGGGCGUGCGGGAGGCCGCCAGCUCCGCGGCGCUGGGCUCGCCCGGCCGGCCGGAGACCAGGCCGCAGGCUAAGCACCGGAUGCUGCUAGACACGACCUUUGUAUUGCUUUCUGGUUUUUAACGGUUCCUUUCGAGAAGAACGUCCGUUUUGCUUUUUUAAUAAAUGUUUGAAAGAGCCCA